UUCAGUUGGCUACGAGCUGUCAGAGCAGGCGGUGACACGCGGUUUUGUUUACGCGUGACGGUUGACGGGGUCUACACACGCACGCACACAGUUACACAUCGUUACUUGAGGUGUGUAAUUACACAACGCGAUUGUUUCACGGGCCGCCGUGACUUUGUGAAUUGUUGGCGUUGCUGGCCAACUGUCAACAGUUGGCGUCGCGUGGCUCUCACGGAUUUCUGCAGCCGAUUUGUCAAGGUGUGCUUUGUUGAUUGCCGGCGUCACACAGCCUACUUUGCGGGGUGUGUGUGUGUGUGUGAUAAGCAACCUUUUGUGCGAAGAAGUGAAAGGGUGAGUGAGAACAAUAGCGAGGCGCACACAAGUGGCGCCAUUGUUGUUGUUGCAGCUGUCAACGCGGAGAGGGGGACCGUGAACUUUCUUAAAGUUCGCGCUUGUCGAGCCGAAUCGCGGCAGGCCUUGGGCGGCAAAGUGAAUAACCUUGUUUUGCUUUAAUCCUUUCGGAUCGCCGCCGACAGUUGGCGACUGACAGCGCACAGUGGUUGUAAUCGAUUCCAUCCAAAGUGCAUCCGGCGGCGUGGGGGGAAAAAGGAAAUAGAGAAGGAGGUGGAGAAGGAGAAGGAGGAAAAAGUGUGACGACGAGGGGUAGAGAUAGAGCAGCGUGAAAAGCCUUCGGGAAGAGUUCGUUAUGUAACGACGACGGUGGAUCGGGCGAGAUAUAGAGCAACGCAAGGUGAAACUAACCUCAAAGAUUCAGGUGGUAACGGAAGAGAAGAAAGGAAGUAAGAGUUGGCAGUACAUAACACAGAUUCUUGUGUAACUUGUGCGGAUUUUAAAGAAGGAAAGCAACUUUUUCCUUCAACGGAAAAAAGAGAAAGAAAAAGGAGCAAACAAACGGGCAGAAAUUUAAGAGUUUUGUGAAGGAUUUUUAUCGCGGCGAGACUGACGGCGAAAUAUCCGGAAGAGCGGUUGUGACAAGGAGACAGGAUAGACGAGGCAGUGAAGAAAUGAAUUGAAAUCGUCGAGACGAGACAUGAAUCGCUAACCUAACCUGCAAAAAGGAAGAAAAAAGCCACAACAAUUUGACAGUUGCAAAAGUUAAAGCGAGUGUAGUUAGAGCCAAUUUUAACCCCUUCCCCGGUUUAGCGUGUGAGCGAGUGGUGACAGGUUAGUGACAGCGCGGCAGGCGGCGACAGCGGCAGCAAUCACCGGAAACCAUGGGCAAAAAGAACUCCAAACUAAAGCAGGACACCAUCGAUCGGCUGACGACGGCGACAUACUUCACAGAAAAGGAAAUUCGACAAUGGCACAAAGGGUUCCUGAAAGACUGUCCCAACGGGCUGCUGACAGAGCAGGGUUUCAUCAAAAUCUACAAGCAGUUCUUCCCGCAAGGUGAUCCCAGCAAGUUUGCCUCGCUGGUGUUUCGGGUGUUUGAUGAGAAUAAUGACGGCUCAAUCGAGUUUGAGGAGUUCAUCAGAGCGUUAUCGAUCACCUCGAGGGGAAAUCUGGACGAGAAGUUACACUGGGCGUUCCGAUUAUACGACGUUGACAAUGACGGUUUCAUAACGAGAGACGAAAUGUACAACAUCGUUGAUGCCAUCUAUCAGAUGGUGGGCCAGCAGCCGCAAACCGAGGACGAGAACACGCCGCAGAAGCGCGUCGACAAGAUCUUCGACCAGAUGGACAAGAACCACGACGACCGGCUCACGCUCGAGGAGUUCCGCGAGGGCAGCAAGGCCGACCCCCGCAUCGUGCAGGCGCUCAGUUUAGGGGGCGAUUAACCGCAGGAAGACCCGCGGGACGGGUCGCCCCCGCAGCGCUCGUACCAGUACGACGAACAGCACAACAUCGAGAUCCGGCGGACCCCGGGCAACGCCUACUAGAUGAGGGGGCGCUUUUUUGACAGCUCGAACGAACGAAGAUGGCGUCGACGCAUGCUUUGUUUUUUGCCGGUUUUUCCGUUAUCGGUUCGAAAAGGGACGAUUCGCCAACGACGUUACGUUUUUUAAUGCGACAAUCGCUUUGACGGCUACGUUUUGACACACACCUUUUUGCACAAACAAACAUUGAACUGCACAAGCAACAACAACAAACAAACAAAACUGAAAACAAUCGGAGCGCGUGAUCUUUUUUUAACAAUCGUGUUUUGUUGGUUUAAGCUAAACGGGAGAAAUUAACCUCAAUUUUUGACUGUUUCUAUAUAGUUAAGGUGAAAGUGACUUAAUGCGAACACAAAUACACACACAAAAACAAAGUUUGAGGGGAAACAUGGGAGGCGAAGUGGAGCGCGGAAAGAACUAAACAAUCGAAUAGCAUUUAUCAACUUAAAGUAAUACAUCUAUUUAACAACAAAACAAACACACACACUGAACGACAGCUUCUUCUAAUAAAGUAAACAAAAUAUUCAAAUACUUAAGGUAAACCCCAAUUGUAACUCAAACAUAGCAAGCUAACACACACAAACACACACAUGCAAGUUUACGCAAAUCUCAGAUAAAAAAAUGUUUUUAAAAAGAGCAAAAGAACCGAUUUUGCAACUUGUUUUGCCCAAGCAAGACGACAUCGCCGAGCUGGAAUGACGUACACCUACCACAACCAUCACACCUUGAUCCGCAACUGUCAAAUUACACACUGAAAGAAAUUCUCACCUUGGAAAAAACAACAAACUCUAAUCUUUACCGUUUACAGAGAAACAAAGCAAACACUAUUUACAACUCGGAACGAGAGGAAACGAUCAGUCACACCACCACCACCAGGAAAAAAACAAAACAAAACAUCGGCAAAAAGGUAAACAAAAGAUUUAAACAUUCGCAUUCGUACUCAAAAACCAGUUUAUUCGUAAGUGUGUAAAUUUGAAAAAAUGCCAAAAACAAGUCAAAGUAAGGAGAUAAAACUAGUGUUUAUAUUUCGUCGACGAAAGCGCAGCGCAAAAAAAAAGGUAAACAAAGUGACAGCACAGCAUGUAAAAAUAGCAAUUUGUUAUCAAAUUUUAACAAGAACUGCGCACCCGCAAGCGGGUGCCUCGCAGAGCAACAAACAAUAUUGAUAUUAACGCUAAUUCUAUUGUUGUUAUUGAAAAAAAAAUUAAAGCAAAACAUUACUAAACAA